AGGUGGGUGGAGCCCUCAAGUUGACUGGCCAGUGGCCUGCCCCGGGUGUAACAUAUUCUAGUUGUUGCCUGCUGCGACUGCCUACACCUCAGAGCUGUUUUCCACGCUUUCAAGGCACCAGCUCUUGCCUUCCUGCUGCUAUGUCCUCGUCCACGAGUUGCCCAAUUCCAGGGUGCCGGGACCAGCUGCCAGACGGCUACAGCACCACGCCUGGCGGCACACUAUACGCCACUACCCCGGGAGGCACCAGGAUCAUCUACGACAGAAAGUUCCUGCUGGAGUGCAAGAACUCACCCAUUGCCCGGACACCUCCCUGCUGCCUCCCUCAGAUUCCCGGGGUCACAACUCUCCCAGCAGUACCACCCUCCAAGUUGGAGUUGCUGAAGGAACAGAAGCAGACAGAGGUAGAAAUAACCGAUGACGAACAGUUUGAAAUGGACAUGUAAUCUAGUGCAAAAUGACCUGUAUGGAGUAAUGGAAGGAGCUCUCAUCCUACUAUUGCCAUCACCUCUUCCUGGGUAUCCAAGGGCCAGCUGGCCUCAUCUAAUCCAGAAAAGAAUGACUUGUUGGUUCUGGGCUUCCUUUAGUUGAGGCAGCUAGACCAGGGAUAGCAGCGGGCAACCUGCCAAGCCUUUAGCUUUCUCUGGUCUAUACAUAUUCCUCCCAAACCUCUUCCCCUCAGGGCUGGCACUGGGGAACAGAGUAUGUCACCUUCUGGCUGCUUAGUAAACUUUCAAAAAACUGUCUUGGCUCCAUUGUUGUCCUCAGUGCUAAAUUCACAGCUGCACAUCUGAGGGACCCAGCAGCCUUGGUUAAGAGGCUGGAAGUGUUUCCAGCUCCCACUGGCCCAUUUCCAGCAGCAAUCAAGGCUUGAGGGAAGGCUACUGGAAUUGCCAGGCACCAGCAAUAACAGCCUGAGCCUUGCCAAGGUCUAGCAGUUCCUGUCUUUCCAGGCAGCAGCCUUCCUGGAAUUGGACUGUUCCAGCAGCUCCUCCCUAGCCAUUUGUAAACUGGACUCCUGGAAGAGAUGCUGUUUCACCUAAUAGUUAUCCCCAAUUUCUUGCCCUGCCUUUCCUGCUUACUACUUCUAAGUACCAAUCCCAGUUCUAUGCUGGAAACUUUAUAUCCUCUUCUCAACAUAACCACCAGUA